AUGGAUCGUGUCCAAGAAUUUAUAACAAAAGAGGACCCAUUGAUUUUGGAGAGCUGUACGAAAGAACAGCUGAAGCAAAUCGCCGAACACUAUGAGAUAGAAUUAGUGUCGACUAAAGUGGUCUAUAUGAGACAAGAACUUGGAAAUAAAGUAAGGUCUCGACGCGAAGACGUCAGAGCGGUAGGAUUAGAUGUGAGUGCAAAGGAAAGUGGGGAACAAGAUAAUGGGGAAGUGUCUUCUAAUUCGUCUCGUAGGAGUGGAAGUUUAGAAUAUGAAUUGGAACGUUUGAAACUGGAAGCUCAAAUUAAGAGGGAAGAGAGACAGUUUCAGUUAGAGAAACUGAAAUUGGAGAAAGUGAGACUUGAAAGUGAGCAAAAAACGCGUGUAGAAUUAGAAAAGGAGAAAACGAAGCAAAUGGAAAUCGAAGCAAAUAAAUUUGUGGCUGCUCAGAGGCGAGAGCGAGAGGUACACUCGGAGAGCACACCUGUGCCUGCAGCAUAUGAUCACAAGGCACGUGAAAAGGAGGUUCCGCAAUUUUGUCCAGAAGAGUCUGAGUCUUUUUUUGAGCAUUUUGAAAAAGUUGCUACACUAAAGCAGUGGCCAGAGGAGGAUUGGGCCCAAUUGGUGCAAAUAAGAUUGACUGGGGCAGCGAGAGAGGCCUAUACCCAGCUCUCUCUUGAAGAUUGUAAAAAUUACUGGACUGUGAAAAACAGCGUAUUAAGGUCACUUCUACUAACACCUGAAGCUUACCGGAAGCGGUUCAGAGAAAUGGUAAAGACACAGAGGAGCACAUAUGCUGAAACAGCCAGAGAUUUGGAACGUAGAUUCCAAAGAUGGAUGGGUUCCGAAAAGGUAGAAUCUUUCGAAGACUUGAAACAAUUGAUGUUAAUGGAAAAAUUCUUGGAGAUGGUGACUCCAGACACCAGGUUUAAGGUUCAAGAAGCAGGAAUAAAAACACUCUUAGAAGCAGCGGACAAAGUAGAUGUAAUUACGGAAGCUUACAGAAGUCUCCAGGAAUAUGAAGAAAAAGGUCACGCAAAGUUGCAGGGUAGUAAAAGACGGUAUACGUGGAACAAUAGAGAUGGUCGUGGAUAUACUGGCAAGCCGAUAGCCCGACAAAGUCAGGGGUAUGUGGAAUUUUCUCCGUCGGGAGGUGACGCAUUCGAGGGUCAGGCUAGCGCACCCUCGGGUCAGGGAGGAAAUACAACGUCUAGAUAUCGAGGUACAGGACAGUGGAGACGUGGCGAAUCCUAUUAUAAUGGACAACGUGGUUCGAGAGGACGAGGAUUCUCUUCUCAGGUAAUAUGCUACACAUGUAACAAGCCUGGACACUUAAGUAGAGAGUGUAGGCAAGGCAGAAGAGUGGUGUCCCUCACAGUAAGUAAAUACAGAAGUCCUUAUAUAAAUUUAAAGGAGGAAUUGCCCCAGGAGAAGAUGUCCAUUACGAAAGGAUAUAACCCUUUCAUUAGCAAAGAUGAAGUGAUGUUAGGAGUGUGCUCGGACAUACCCAUUCCUGGAGUACAUGUCAUCUUGGGCAACGAUUUGUGCGGCUCAAGUGUGUUGCCAGAGGUACUGCGCAGUGAUGUACCAAACGAACGUCAAAAUAAUGUGGAAGAUGAAAAAUGUAAUAACAUAACGCUCGCCAGUAUUCUGGAGGAUCCCUCGGAAGAUGAUCAGAAUUCCUAA